CGCCGCCACGGCCUGCCGGCGGGCCGCCGGGCGGCGCCGCGCGGGCGCCGCGCGGGCGGCGGCGAAGCCCGGCGGGGAGAAGCAGGACAGGGGCCUCCUGGAGAGCAUCAUCUCGGUCUUGACACCGAGGCUGCCAGGCACCUCCAUGAUUGCCAAGUUCCAGAGCGUGGUGCAGAUGCUCCAGCGCGCGGCGCAGGACGCCGAGAGCCGGGCGAGCGAGGCGGAGCGGCAUUUGGCCUCCACGAAGACCGACCUCGCCGAGGCGAUGAAGGUGGUGGAGAAGCAGAAGCUGGAGAUGAAGAAGCUGAAGUCGCUCUACCUGGCAACCACGCGAUACGCGGAGUCCGUAGAAGAGGAGCGCGACGAGGCACGCGACGAGCUGGUCGCGGCGCUGGAGCAGACGCUGCGGGCGAAGGCGGUUGCCGGGAUGAUGCCCGCGCAGAAAGCGCGGGCCGUGUUGGACACGGAGGCCAAGCUGGCGCCCACCGACAUGAGCGUGGAGGAGCUCUAGGGACAGGGUGCGGCGGAUGGAGUGGCUACCGAUUUCAAUCAUGGCAGACCUUCUCCUGUCGGGUGCUUUCGGGAGAUCUGGCUCAGUCCCCCAGAGCCACAUUCCAUGGGUUCCUUCCCGAGGAUGGUGCGUCUCGGCACCAGACCAGGGUACGUUCCAGGACCGUCCGAGGGGCGUUUUCCGUACGCGUCAGCUCGAGGAUGAGCCAAACCACGGCGUGUGCGAUUGCAGGAUCGCCCCGGC